AAAAGGUGCAGGAUGUUGCCAAUACUAGUGGUAGGUUGUCAAUGGAGGCGAAUGGUACAGAUCUCUGUUGCUUAAUGGUCAGCACUGCAGGUGGAAUGAAAACAUCGUACCCGAGUGAUGCGAGUGGCUCCAAAGUGUCAAUUUAAAGACCUGAGGCUCAGUGAACAUAUGUGUGAUUGAGUGUGUGUGUACAUAUGCACGGGUGAGUGUGAGAGUGUGUGUGUGUGUCUGUGUGUAUAGUGUGAGUGUUUGUGUGUCUGUGUGUGUGUGUGUGUGUGUACAAGUCAAUGUGAGAAUUGGAGGGAGUGAAACAGGGACGCGAGCUAUGGCCAAGUACGGAUGCCCCAGACAUCACGACAGGAGACCUCACUCUCUCUGCUAGCCAGCACUGCUGUCUCUAAGCCCUGGUACCAACCAACCUAAUUCCAGCCACCUUUUGACUACAUGAAGAUUCCUGCCACCGGUUAUGUGAUGAAUAAAUUUGAGGUCCUUGGGAUAGUUGGAGAAGGGGCCUAUGGGGUGGUCCUCAAGUGCAGGCAUAAGGAGACGAAAGAGCUGGUGGCCAUAAAGAAGUUCAAGGACAGUGAAGAAAAUGAGGAGGUUAAGGAGACGACUCUGCGUGAGCUUAAGAUGCUCCGCACUCUUAAGCAGGAGAACAUCGUGGAGCUGAAGGAGGCCUUCCGCCGGAGGGGGAAACUCUACCUAGUGUUUGAAUAUGUAGAGAAGAACAUGCUAGAACUUUUGGAGGAACAGCCCAAUGGUGUGCCUCCAGACAAAGUGCGGAACUACAUCUAUCAGCUCAUAAAGGCAAUCCACUGGUGCCAUAAGAAUGACAUUGUCCACAGAGAUAUCAAACCAGAGAAUCUCCUCAUCAGUUCCAAUGAUGUUCUGAAGCUAUGUGAUUUUGGCUUCGCCCGCAACCUCUCUGAGGGAAAUGAUGCCAACUACACAGAGUACGUGGCUACCAGGUGGUACCGCUCCCCGGAGCUCCUGCUGGGUGCCCCCUAUGGGAAGGCCGUGGACAUGUGGUCAGUGGGGUGCAUUCUUGGGGAGCUCAGUGACGGCCAGCCCCUGUUCCCAGGCGAGAGUGAGAUCGACCAGCUCUUCACCAUCCAGAAGGUUCUGGGCCCACUGCCUCCGGAGCAGAUGAAGCUCUUCUACAACAACUCCCGCUUCCACGGCAUGCGGUUCCCUUCAGUGAGUCAUCCUCAGACUCUGGAGAGAAGGUACCUGGGCAUCCUCAGUGGAAGCUUGCUGGAUGUAAUGAAAAACCUGCUUCAGCUGAGCGCAUCUGAGCGUUUCCUAACGGAGCAAAGUCUGAACCAUCAGGUGUUUCAGACCCAACGCCUGCUGGAGCGGACCUUGCCCCUUUCCCCCACACCACCACGCUCCUCCAAGAGGAAGCCGUACCAUGGAGACAACACAAUACCAAGCAGGAGCCAUGGCAGUAAGAGCACGGGCCACCGUCGCCCCAACGCAAAGGAGUGCUCGAGUCUGCCGCGCCACGAGGACCUGCGUCGCAGCAACGAGAGCUUCCUGAACGGCAAUGGUCCCGCCCCGGCCAGCCUGAGCCCCAUUCUGCACCCCAAGAACUUCCAGCAGACCCAGACGCUGAGCCGCUCCAUCACCUGCAGCAAAGACCUGGCCAACAACCCCCUGCCACACCUGCUCAGCCCUAAGGACUUCAAGGGCAAGACCCAGUUUGACUUCAACAUCCCACCGCCACCCAACGUUGCGGCCGCUACUAAGCCGCCGGACGGGCCGGGGGCCAAGUACGUGAAGUCAGCCAGUCGUUCCCAGCAGCGGCCGGCAUUCGUAGAGGGCAAGAACAAUACGCUACAGCCAGGCGAAAAGCGAAAUCGCCAUGGCCACGUUUCAGUCGACCCCUCGUCAAACAAGAGCGCCAACACGUACCUCAGCUUGUCCAAGGGGCACGGAGGAGGUGGAGCCGGGCUGCCGCAGGGCCUGGGGGACGCAAAGUCAGUGGGCAAUCUGAGCGCGGCGGGGCUUCUGCUGGACGACCCACCGCCCGGCCCUCCCCGCUAUUUCCCGGCCAGCUGCGUGGACCUGAACGCAGCCCCUGGCAGUCCGGCGACCCAUCACAUGUCCGACCGUUCUGGACACAGCCCCUCGUCCGCCUCAGCAAACAUCACCCGUGGCAUCCCACACCUGGAAAGCAGCACUCUCGACUCCCGUCGUCCCUCCACUCGUCACAAAGGCCCGGAGGAGGCGCGGGUGGUAGAGACUCUGGAUCCAGGAGGAAGGCCAGGUGGAGGGCUGGGAACGGGGGGAGGAGGUGGUGGUGGAGGUAGUGGUGGGAGUGGAGGUCACACGCACUCACUCUCCACCCCCCACGAGUCCUUCCCCUAUGGCCUCGGCUACACCAGCCCCUUCUCCUCACAGCAGCGCCCCCAUCGCCACUCCAUGUACGUGCGUCGUGAGCGCCACCGACCACACGGCCAGGAAGCCACACUGGCGGUGGGGCAGGGUGGCGUGCCCACGCGGGCCAGCAGCCUGCAGAUGCUCUCGCCACAGGUGCAGCACCGCACGCUCACGCGGCACUCUGUGGGCUCAUCGCGCGAGGACUGCAAUGAUGACAUCGCCAGGAACGACCCGUCCCCAAAAGAGGCGACCCAAUCCCGGCCCCCCAUCAAAGAUUCCACGCGGGACAACACAGCUACUUUUCACUCCCAGCGUCCAAAAAAUGAGGUGGGGAUGUAUCACGACCAACACCUGGAGGACGGAGGCACCUCCUCCAAGGAGAACCGCAAUAUCUACAGUGACUCAAUGCCACGGAGAGUGGGUAGCUUUUACAGAGUGCCAUCCCCACGGCCUGACUCCUAUGACUCCACUGCCCAGAGUCGCGGGGCACCCGUGCCCGGUGACAACAGUGCCAUGAGUAAUCACUCCAAGCGUCAGCCCACCUUUGAGCCGUGGAACACAGCUGAGACCAGGGCCAUGAAUCCUCCGCCUGAACCUUCGAAGCAUAAAGAGAAACAGGGUUUCUUUAGAGCAAUAAAAAAGAAGAAGAAGAAGUCACAAGCGACAGAUGUCGGCGAUGGAAGGAGUCCAAGCAUCAAGAAAAGUCUUUUCCCUCUAUUUAACUCAAAGAAUAGCGUAAAGCGUAGCCCCUCUGUGAAAGUAGUCUCCUCUCCCAUGGUGCCUGGGGAGGUCCAGGAUCCAAUGGCUGCUCAGAGGGCGGUGAAAUCCUCCUCCCAUCAAAGCAGCCGUCACAGGAACCGAGAUCGGGACAAAGAACGGGAUCGUAACCAAAAUCGAGACCGGGAAAGGGAGCGGGAACGUAGCCGGGACCGCAAUCGGGACCGAGAUCGAGAGAGGGAGCGGGAAAGGGAGAGGGAGAGGGAGAGAGAUGAUUGGCCCUCUGAAAAGCUUGCAGAGCCACACUCUCAAAAUCAGCCACUGAAGUCCCUCCGGAAGCUCCUGCAUUUGUCCUCUCCGUCGACGAGCCAAGUGCCGCCCCCUGAGCCUCGUUUCCAGCCCCUGCCCAAUCCGCCCUCCAAAGGGAACUUUCCGGAAGCCAGAGUCCAUUCAGGCAGCAGCAGUAGUGGCAGCGCUCCACAGUCGAAGAGCCGAAAGCCUACCUACCCCCUUCCAGGACAGGUGGAGUCAAACUGGCACGUAUCUGCCCUUUCCAGAGCCGAAGGGGCAUCUUAUCCUGACCAAAUGGCUGGCAAAGUGGGCCAGAAUGGGCCCACCUUCACCCGUCCCAGCAGGUCACGGAUGCCAAAUCUCAAUGACCUGAAAGAGACUGCCCUGUAGAAUGUGUGGAGAACCUAUGACCAUGUUUCAUUGCCAACUGAAUGCUCUCCCGUACACAGCAUGGUGCACAGUGCUGUUCUUGGCCAGAGGGUGGUGAUCAUCAUGUCCUUCUUUUGAAAUCUCAGUAUUUGAUAGAUUAACAUUUGUAUUUAUUAUAAUUAUAAUUACUAUUAUAUAUUAUUAUUAUGAUUAUUAUUAUAAUUACUAUUAUUUAAUGUUUUGAUUGUAAGUUCUGUUUGUUUUCAAGUCAAUAUCCUACUGAUAAAUAAUUUAUGAAUGAAAAAAAUCACAGAGUAUCUGCAAGAGCUUUAGUUUGUAUAGAGACUUAAUGUAUUGAAAGGAGGAUGUGUAAUAAUUAUAUAUUUCACGAUGAGUAUUUAAUUGUUGUGUCUGAAAUAUUAUUGUACAGAAUGUAUUUUGUUGUUUUGUGAACAUUAUGUCUUUCUCUGUUUCUCUUUCAAAGCAAUCACAAAUUGCUAUUUUCUUGCAUUAAUUCUUCCAGAGAUUUCACCAAGUCAUUUGCCUUCAUAAUGAUAAUAAUUUAAUACUCUACUUAACAAAUCAGUCCUUAACAAUUACCAUAGAGUGAGAUGAGGGCCCAUUUACUGUGUAUUGAAGAAUCAGUAGGGCCCUUUUACUGAAAGGAAGCCUCUCUCUCAGUUGAACCGGAUUAAUACCUCCCUUCCACUAUGAUGAAGUAGAAGACGUAGAUCCUGGGGGAGAUGAGUCUCUCAGCUGUGUCUUCUCUGCUGGAGGGAGUUCAUCAGCAGAGAUCCAGCAGGCCUGCGGCAGAUUGCCGUGUUCCCCCAUUAAAUAGAUUGUAGCCUCUCAGUCAGGCGUCUGGAGAUUGUUCCGGCCCCAGGGCUCUGCCUGCUCACUGCGGUGCCCGUGCCUCACCAGCUGGUGAGCACAGUGCCCUUGCCCAGGGCUCCGCACACAGGCUAGGGGAACAGAAGUGCACCCCCAGCCAAGUCCAUCUUCUCCUCACUUGAAAUAAGGGUCUUAUCUGGGUAUUGCUUACUGUUGUCCCAUUUGGUUCAAAGGUACCACGAUGUAAAAUGGCCUUCCAUAUUUUGUGGUUCAUCUGGCUAUUCACAAGAGAAACAAGAAAUAAGUUUGAAAUUGAAACAACAUCAAAAUAUUUUGGAGGAUUUAGAGGACUAAAUGGGCUGAAAAAAUAAAGACGUAAUGGCUUUAUAAUUAUUAUUGACAAUAUGAUAUAAAUGCAACAUAAUAAAUGCAUAAAAUAUCUGUUGUAAUUUGAAGUAAUACAUAAAUUCCAAAUUCCUUACUUGAGAAUAUUUGUAAUUGUAAUGGUAUCAUGCGGUGGUGUUACUUUUAAAUCUUUUGUUUUGAUUUGAUGUCCAUCAGUAACGCACUUUAAAGACUAUGAGAUAGUAUUGUACACGGUUUCUGUCUUUUGUAAACGCAGCACAUUCUGGUUACAGUUUGUUUUGCAACUCGGGGAAACAGAUUUCCACAGUCCAUUAAUUCUGCAAUUUAUGGCAUUAUGUUUGAGGGUAAUAGGAACAGGAUGAUACUAAUAAUAAGCAUGCAGGUCUAUUCAUAUCCAUCUUUCUGUGAAGGAAUCAGCAAAGGCAACUUACACAAAUCACAACAAAACGCAAAUCAGGCAGUCAGAAUGUUCUGAAAAGCAUGGUUCAUGGCCAUUAACCCAGGAUUCCUCUCCCCAACUGUCUGUCAAAACCAUUUAUAUUUGUUUUGUAUUCUUAUUGCAUCACAUACUAUAUAGUUCACAUACAUGUAGGAUUUACAUUUCUUAGACCAAAAUUGACCUUUUCAGUUUCAUGGGUUAUUUUGUUUCAUUCACAGUUUUGCACAUUUGUUGUUAGCACUUUAUACGUUUGUUGAAACCUCUCUCAAAUAAAAAAUUGUGCUAAAUUUUUCUCAAAUUACACCUCAAUUACAUCAAUGUAUACCUCUAAAAUGUUUUUUUUUCCUGCAAAUGAUCGUUGUUCAGUGCUUAGUCCAACUACAGUGUGGAUGAGAAACUGUAUGCUAUAUACAGUGACAGGAUCAUUGAUUGCCUUAAAUCUCCGUAAAGAUGAACAUUUCAGAGAGAUUACUUACUUCUAGGCUUCUGUUUGCUUAAUCUACUGCCAUAGUUACACCCAGUACUUAAAUAACACAGCAUGUCAUUAAGUUUCUUCAGAAAAAUACAGCAUCAUUGUUGUACUCUGGAAAGUGCUGCUUAGAAUAAAAAAGCAUCUUGUCUGUGCCCAUAUCCUGCCAGUUCCAUUUGACCUUGAGUUAUAGGGUUGAGAUUGAAUUCAUUUUAUCCAGCCUUCUGUGCUCUACAGCAUCAUUCAAAGUGAUUAGCUACUUUCUGCUCCCCCUGUUUUUCACGUCUCCAUAGACACACACUCAAGGGCCUCUACUUUCACAUAUAUAUAUUGUUUACUGUAAAAGAAUGUUGCGUAACAUUGUAUGUCAGGUUUACUGAGCCUUCAUUGAGAAUGAAAUCAUUAAUAGCAUGUUUCCUUAUGGAGAGAAACAACACUAGCAGUCACUUGAAAACAUGCAUGAUUAUAUGGGUCAGAAAUGGCUUAUUUUAUCUGUACUGUAUGUGGUAGUUCCACUGAGUAGACAAAAAUGAUUUUCAGAAGGAUGUGAUUGGUGUGAAUGUCAUAGUCAUGCAAACGAGAUUGUUCUGAUUGUUUGACACUUCCAUAAGCAAUGUGGAACAGGUGUCUCAGGUGACUCCUCUGGAACUCUUCCACUGGAACUCUUCCUCUGGAACUCUUCCACUGGAACUCUUCCUCUGGAACUCUCCCACUGGAACUCUUCCACUGGAACUCUUCCUCUGGAACUUUUCCAUUGGAUUCCCUCAGCUAGAUUUCGUACAAAACCUAACCUUCUCCAGAUUGUGUGCCAUUUUACAUCUCACUUUUACAAGAUUUACCAUAACUUUCCAGUCUGAAUUACAAUAUAAUACUUUGACUGGGAACAUCAACUCCAGUCAGUUCAUAAUGGUCACCAGAACCUGAAGGGUAUCAUCUUUGUCUAUCACCAGGCCAUCGUGUCUGUCUAUAUGUUCCAAGGGAAACUUCUUUGAUACAAUGUUCUUUAAAAAUAUUUUAUAUGUUGUUAUGGUUUCACUGGUUUGAUGCCUUCAUGGGUACCCUCUUGGCAUGACAUACACAAACAGCAUUUAUAUUGUCUCUGUAUUUAAUGAUGAUUAAAAUAAUAAUUUAAAAAUUC